GAGAGUGCUCACGACGCAACUCGGUCUUUUGAGAGAUUACUUGAGAACAUUGAAAAAGAGAAAAUGCCGAAGAAAUCGAAUAAAUCUUGGGGUGGUCGCAACGGCCGCGGAAACGCUCCUUCCGAAGAUAAGCAUUAUUUUGGCCAUGACGAUCGUGCAGGAAGAAAUAAUGGAGGACAUCUUGAGGGAACCAGACCUCGCGUAUCAUUUAAAACGCAUAGGCCCAAUAGAGAAUUAUCACGUAACGCAGUGCUAGCGAGUUUAGACGAGGAUAUUCCAAUGACAGGCAACAAUAAUAACAAUAAUAGACAAACAAGACAAGUUAUUAUUGCCUCGAGAGACAGAGAUAGGAGAGAUAGAAUGUGGCAAAGAACAAUUCGAGGAAGAAAUAGCCCUCUACCAAACAGGAACUUUAAGGGAGGCCACUCUGGUCCUAGAAUACAAGCACUUCCAAUAGGAGAAUCCAAUUGGUAUAGAAUCAGCAUACCAUAUGGACAAAAAUAUGAAAAAGAUUACGUUUUAAGAAGCCUAUUAAACUACAUGGCACCUGAAGUGUUCAUUCCAAUAACGUAUAAGAUAAUGGGGAACGAAGCUAGUUUCUAUGUUGAUGAUCACAAGACAGCAAGUGCAUUACUAAAUUGUGAUCGUAAGAUUACAAUGACAGAUGGCUUUAAACUACAAGUGAGAGUAAAACCAGGAUUUCCACAAUGUGAGAUUGAUGAUAAAUUGAAAGAACGAUUGAAACAAGCAAUGUCCAAGAGAUAUGUGCAAGAAACAAACGCAUUGGAUUUGUCAAAGUUUCAUCGAGAUCCUGAUCUCAUUGGUGAUUAUUUUUGUGCAUUGUUUCGGCCUGCAAUGUUAAUGACUGUGUUAGAUAUUGUGAGUGAACACAUACCAAGUUUGGAAGCCUUGAACUUAGAAAGCAAUAAGCUGCAGAGUAUCGACAGGCUCAGCGUACUAAAUAAAAAAUUUUCAAACUUGAAGAUUCUUUAUAUCAGCGAUAACAAAAUCAAGGACAUCCAUCAAAUAGAUGCCAUUAAAGACCUAAAAUUGGAACAAUUGAAACUAAGUGGAAAUCCUGUUUGUAACAAGUAUAAGUCUCGAGAAAAUGAUUAUAUUAGCGACGUCCGGAAACGGUUCCCGAAGCUGCUACGUCUGGACGACAAGGAUCUACCACGACCAAUCGUAUUCGAUGUGAUUGACGAGGCCGCUAAGGUACCACCAUCACAGAGAAUGUUUGUUGCUGAUGUGAAAGCACAAGAAAUUGCAAGCCAGUUUUUGCAACAGUAUUUCACAAUAUUUGAUAGUGAGAAUCGUCAGCCUCUACUUGACGCGUACGACGAACAUGCGUGCUUAAGUAUGACAAUAACUACUUCUCAAAAUAAUAAGUUAAACGGGUAUCUCAUGGAGAACCGAAACUUGUUCAGAAUAUAUGAUACAGUCAGAAGACAGAAAUUAUUGAAGCAUGGUAGAUUACCUGUAGUUUCUUUUAUAUCAGAAAUGCCACGAACGAAACAUUUCCUAGAUACUUUUACCAUGGACAUUGCUCUUGCUACGCAAGUAAUGAUGUUUAUUACGAUAACGGGCUAUUUUCAAGAGCUUGAUAACAAGGAACAGCCUAUUCGCCAUUUCAACCGAACAUUUAUAAUUGUUCCGGAAGGUAGUGGAUAUUGUAUUCGCAAUGAGCAAUUACAUAUUAGUCAACCACCUGAGGCGCAACUAAAACAAUUGAACCAGCAAUUAAACAGCCAACCGGCUCAACCGGAGGCAUCAGCACUAUUGCCACAAACAUCCACGCAAUCGGCGAAGUCUAUACUUCCAGAAUUGAGUGAGGAUAUAAAACAGCAGAUGACAAUGACGUUGAGUCAGCAAACGAACAUGAAUUUGGAAUGGAGUUUGAAGUGUUUACAAGAGACGCAGUGGAACUAUGAUAAUGCACUCUCUGCAUUUCAAGAGUUUUUCAAACGUGGUCAAAUACCAUCGGAAGCGUUUACGAAAUAAUAUGUGUAUAUAUUGGAAUUGCAAACUCUGUCCUCCCCGCAUCCAAUAUCGAAGGGAAGCAAAAGCGUUUGCGUGCUCUUGGAUUUAUUGCUCUUACUCUCAACGGGACAUAUUUUGCAGAAUUCAGGUGAAUCGUUAUAUGUAAAAUCAUGCG